ACUCUAUGACGGUGCAGAGAGGAAAGAAGCUCACCAUCUCCAUCCAAGAGCACAUGGCCAUCGACGUCUGCCCCGGCCCCAUCAGACCAAUCCGACAGAUCUCCGCCUACUUCCCCCGCCUGUCCCCUACCUCCCCCACACCCCUCUCCCCUAACCCCUCCCUGUCGCCUCCCCCAAACACCUCCCCCGUGGCCCUCAGCCCUCCUGUGGCAUCAGCGAUGGGCGGAGCUCACCUGUUGUCUCCUCUUCGGGCGCACCGUGGAUGGGGCGGCGGCUCUCUGUCCCAGAACAGCAGCAUGGACACGUCUGUGGAAAUCAACAGCGAUGACAGUGACGACUGCACUGCUCUGGGAACGCUGGAGUUCGAGCUGAGGUACGAGCAGAGCUCCAGCGAGCUGCACUGCACCCUCCUGAAGGCCAAGUGUGCGAUGAAGACAAGCUGACUCAUAACGAGUUGAUCGGAGAGUCUCGGGUUCCUCUGAAGCGUCUGAAGCCCAACGUGACCAAACACUUCUACACCUGCCUGGAACAUCCGCCUCCGCUCCCCUCCCCCUCCGCUGUGGGGGAAGCUCUGCGGGGGAUUUCCUGCUACCUGAGAGAGUGGGAGAACGAGCAGCUGCACAGCCUGGAGGAGAGAGGCCGCCUCCUCCUGUCCCUGCAGUUCCUGCCUCCGGUCAGUCCCGAGGAUCCUGACGGUGACGGGCGAGGGAGGAGCGAGGGCCGGCGGAAUGGCGGCCUCUGUGUGGCGGUCAAGCGGUGCGCCCAUCUGGCAGCCAUGGACGUGAACGGGUUCUCCGAUCCCUACGUGAAAAUAUACCUGAAGCCCGACAUAAAGAAGAAAUCCAAGCACAAAACAGCGGUGAUGAAGAAGACGCUGAACCCUGAAUAUAACGAGGAGUUCUUCUAUGAGAUCUCUCUGACGGAGCUGGCUAAGAAGAGCCUGGAGGUGACGGUCUGGGACUACGACCUGGGACGCUCCAACGACUUCAUCGGCGGAGUCUGUCUCAGCUGCCGCUCAAAGGGAGACGCCCUCCGUCACUGGAUGGACUGUCUGAAGAACAAAGGCUGUAGGGUGGAGCGAUGGCACAUCCUGACCAAUGAGCUGCCACGGAGCUUCAGCCACGACUAACGCCCCGCCCACUUCAUGCAUGCAGAACGUUCUGGACUGGGACGUCACGGUUCCUGCAGAUCCCUGACGUCUUUACUGGACAAAUUCUACCAACUUCAGAACACAAGUGUGGAUGUUUACAGGCCGACGGUGAAGCCGGAGCAGCACGGUGGACGGCGUGCCUUCAUUAUCACUCAUCUGCUGGACAAAGGUUGAUGAUGCAUCAACAGGUCAGCCUCACACCAGAACCAGACCCUUUAUGUUAACAGGUUUGAGGAAGCCGGUUCCUGAGAUCAACCAGUCGGUUUCCCAGCUGUCCCCACCCUGCACGCCACUCACCACCAGAACCAAGAACCACCACUCUGACUGAUACAGACCGCUAGGCUGGCAGAUCUCCAGUACCAGAGCUGAGGAUCUCUGGAUCAGAGCAAUACUCCCAGAUCCACCAGAGAACGUCGAGAUUUCUAUUCUGAUCGUUACUUUGAAAAGAAUUCUGAGGUUCUCUUCAAAAUGAGCAAAUAGAUUUCUCAAUUUUCAGAGUAAACCAUUUGGUCAGGACAGAAAAACACAUUCUUAGAUUUACUUUUUGUUUUUCUGUCAUUUUGAGGUUUUGAUAUUUUGGUUCAUCAAAAGAAUUCAGAUUUGUUAAAACAACCACUUUCUGUAAUGUUGAGACUCAGUAAAAAUGCGAUAGCUAAAGACAUUUUAGCUAAGCUAAUUAGAGCUAACUCGUCAGUGUUAGCCUUUAGCUACAUUCCUUUCCAAAUGUAGUUCUUUAACCCUUUGAUGCUGGAGAUGUGACUGCAAACAGCAGAGACAAGCUCUUUGAAUUACUGCAACUAUUGGAGCAAUUCCAUAAUUAACUCAUUCCCAACUGGAGAAAAGCAUCUUUGUGUCGACCUGCAACACUUUGUUAGUAAAGCCCAAAGCCACGUUUCUCCUCACCAAAACAUCAGAUUUAUCCUCUUCCAUGAGUUGUUUCUGCACGAAGCUGCUUUUCUGCUUCAGAAUCCGCUGGAAUGACGUUAAUGAUGUAAAUGGUUGAAGAGUUACGGUGAUUUAACGAACGUCAACACUGGUGUUAAAGGGUUAACAAGCACGAGCCACACAGUGAUCGGGCUUUUAUUAAAAAGAGAUCAAAACUUUCUAUGAAAACGGUGAAUCUUGACAUCCGUUUGUUCUCACUCUCAGCUGUUGGACAGGUUGUGCGACUGACCUACAAUCACACAAACUCACAGUGUGUAGUUGAUAUUUCUCUCACUCCCACAACGUUCCUCAGACCUUUUGGGAUGUAAGUUUAGUUCCAGGAGUGUCUCAGACAAAUGAAACCGUCCAGUGCAGUCUGAGCUGAUAAAGCUGAGAUGAUCUGACCAUCAACACCCACAAAAGUACCGGAGUGAAUGGCUCUGCUGACCAGCUGACGGCGUCCUGAACUUCUGCAGCGUCUGGGGUGUUGACGGUGCUUGCCUUGCAUGUUUUGGUUUUUGCUCUUACCUCGUUUGUGUUUCCUCUAUAACCAAAAGUUCUCCAUCGAUAUGACCAUCGUCAGGACCAUUGAACCAUUGACACCAAUGCUGAGUCCACUCCUUCACAAAUGUCAGACUGUGAGGUUCUCUAAGCCUCAUGCUCCACGGCGGCAGGACUAGGAUCUGUUCUCCAUCUACAUGGAGUUAUUUGUUCAGGUCGUCUCUCUGACCACCACUUCUCAAAGUGGACGUGUCUGAGCUGCUCUGACUUACAAAUAUUUUCAUAAACUCGAUGGAGAAGGUCAGCAUCUCCAUGUUUGGGUCUGUGCUGCAGACAGGAAAUGACAGAACACGUUUGGUUCCAAAUCCUUUACACUUAUGUUCAUUUCAAAUGAAUUAAAGAUAACUUCCAGCUCGAGGACCCUCUCUCCGUUUAGGUUGGGAUUCAAACCCUUGACCAACCGACUGACCGGUCUGUCUGUCACACAUGAGGGGAAUGACCUGUUUUCUGAACAAUAGUUUCUCAGAAUCUAGAGUAGAACCGACACUUACAGAACCGCAGACUGGUACCAGAACCCACAUGGUGAGUCUAAGUGGGCCAUAUGGCCCGUAUGGACAGCAUCUCUCAACCCUCUGAACUCAGGCUCCUUCUCUACGAGAAAGGAGGAGAUCCACCUCCAAAAAUCCAACUUCAGGAACCAAAGAUUCUAACAUUCGGCCAUCUUUGAUCCCUCCUCCAGGCCCACUACAACCCCCCACUGUCCCAAACACCCCCAAGAGGGACAGAAGAGACGAUGCUAACACCGCCCCCUCCAGCUCCUUUGAUGCUGCGUUCACACCAGACAUCGUUUCAGGGCGUCAAAAUUCAAUAUUGAGUCAAUGUCCAGAUGAGAUCUGCGGUUCAGCAGCAAGAUUUCAGCAUCAGGCGACAACAAGGUUGACCCACAACCAGGUACUCGGCUUAGGGCGCCUGCCAUUAUCUGCAACUUGAUCAAAGGAUAGAAAAUUAAUCCAAUAUGGCCGCUCGAUCCAAGGAUUUUCGUCCUGAACUUAAAACCAUUUUCUGGGGCAGCAGAGUUGCCAGAGACGGUCUUGGUUACGGUUGGGUGAAGGCGGGAACAGACGGAUUGCCCUCAAUGAGCUCGAUCAACCGCUAAGCUAGCCACCUGCCUGGUAGUCAACGUAGCGAGCUCCGCCACCCAGGGUCUGGUAGAGCUAGCGGGUUGCUGCCCGGGCUGCCGCUCCCUGGGCAGUGGAGCUCGCUAUGCUAGCCUGCAGGCAGUUGGCUAGCUUAGCGGGCACGAUCGCACCAGUUCAAGACAAUGAUUAAAAGAUCCUCCAGUUUUAUUUUUAUAUUCUUCUCUCGGGUUAAAGCUCAAACUGGACCACAGACAGAAAGAGGUGACGUUUAGGUGUGAAGGACACCGCACCGGGAUCAACGGAAUGAUCUGGUGAACCCAGACACGGCAAUCUGCUCGGUGACGUCUCUGUAGAGCUCUUCAAAUCCUAAUCCUCGUUUCCACGGAGCAGCCCGGUCCACUAAGGAGCAGUACGGUCCGGUUAAUUCUGGUGAGCGUUUCCACUCAGUUCAGCCUCGCGUCCACUGAGCGGUUUGUUUUCACGGUCCAUGCGUGGUGUAGACCACUAGCGUGGUGUAGACCGCUAGCGUGUCGUUGUAGUACGACUAGCAAAGAAACAACAAUGGAGGUCAUCAGCAGCUCGUUUUUUUCUGUCUUUACUUUUGGUUCAUCGAGUGGAACAGGAAGUUAAUGUUUGUAAGAAGAUUGUGGUCCAAGAAGAAUCCCCUUGUAAAGAGGAAAUCAGAAUCGUUAGCUUAGCGCUGUACUGGUGCCUUCUAAUGUCAACAUCACUUUCUGCCAAUCAGCAGGUGAUCCAGUGAAUCCAGUGGGUCCAUUUACCAAUGGAAAGACUUAGAACACCGGACUGAACCGCUCAGUGAAAAAACGAGUCAAUAGAAACCCGAGAUACUCACUCAACAUCGUCCACGUUUCAUGAUGCGGCCACGAUCGAACUCCAGAAAAACGUUGCCGGUUGCUCCGCAGCGGGGGGGCGUCAAAAGAGACGCGGCAGACGCGAACGUGAAGCGCGAAUGGCGUCCGGCGUGAACGCAGCAUGAAGGUUCUGGUCCCUCAGAGACGGGUCUUUUUGUUACAAAUGUCCUGUAGCCGAGGACUUUGUCCAUCUAAGAGACCCUGAUGACCGAGCUGGUACUAGAUAGAGGGACCCCCCCCACCCUAACCCGCCCCAUGAUGAGAGGAUGAGGGGGCGGGGUCUGCUCAGACACUGUUUUGUUUUCUGGCCUUAAAUUUGGAGUAAGAACAGUUUUUACUGCAGGACAUUCAGCCGACCGCCAUGUAUGACCAUCAGAACAUUCCAGCGUCUCCAUCCUCAGCUGCUCCUCAUCACUUCCAGGAACUGAACCUUUCCUGAGGAUCUGGAGCCUGCAGACUCUCUGAUCUCCAGGGAUCUUUGGAUUCUCUGAUCCUAAUCUCAUCCUCACCGCUCCAUCCCAGUGGAUCUUCCUCGUGGUUGCAUGAUGCAGCAUGUUACUCUUCUCUAUCUUCUGCCUGUUUCCUAUUGGAGUGUGGACGGCAGCGUUCAGGUUCUUCUGUUUACAGUGUUCCUCUGAUGCACGACGAAUGUACGAACGUCUCGUUGUUUACGAUCUCGUGCUGCGCAGCCGUUUCUAUCAGGUGUUUUCAUGCAACAAUAAAUUUGGAAUGCAAACUGG